AUGUCGGAGGAGAAAGGGCCGCUGAAGAGAGGCCUGGAGAAAGGGGAGGAGCCCUUCUCCUGUGGAGAGCGCUGGGCCAAGCUGGUGGUGGUGGAGGGGAGAGAAACGGCGAAGAUGGAGGCGGUGGUGGGGGCCGGUGACUGCCCGGACCACCUCAGCUCGGCGGACUCGGCGGACGACUUGGACCCGGAGCUGCUGGCGGCCCGCGAGGACGAGGGGAAAUGCCGGGUCCUGCGCAAGCAGUACCGGCAGCUCAUCAACAGCGUCCAGCAGAACCGGGACAACAUCGUGAACACGGCCAGCAACUCGCUAACCGAGGCCCUCGAGGAAGCCAACCUGCUCUUCGAUGCAGUGAGCCGAACAAGGGAGGCGGCCCUUGAUGCCCAGUUUCUUGUCUUGGCUUCGGAUUUAGGUAAAGAAAAAGCAAAGCACUUGAAUUCUGGCAUGAGCUAUUUUAACCAGGCAGCGUUUUGUGGCUUUCUUUUUCGAGCUGCGGGCCUGAAUUGGUUGGAAGAUGAGUGUGACGAUUUCAGUGUUUGUGAUGACAGUAUUGUUCUUUCCUUCUGGAAGGCAGUGCAGAAGGAAGCAACAUCCUGGAUAAUGCAGGCCGAAUCGUUUCACUUUGUUUUUGGUUCAUUCAAGCCAGAACCUUCUUCACGAAAGCCCCGACUUGACCAUCACAAAAAAAUGCGCAAACUGGAAGGAAAUGGAGCGAUGCCUACGAAGUUGAGGAAACUGGACCUGAGUUCUAACCAAGAAGCAACAGAAAAAGAGGUGGAAAGAAUCUUGGGAUUGUUGCAAACCUGCUUUCGAAAAUAUCCUGAUACUCCUGUCUCCUAUUUUGAGUUUGUGGUUGAUCCACACUCAUUCUCCCGGACUGUGGAGAAUAUAUUUUACGUUUCUUUUAUUAUAAGAGAUGGUUUUGCAAGAAUAAGGCUUGACCAAGAUAGGCUGCCAAUACUAGAGCCAAUUAAUAUUAACCAAAUGGACGAAGAAAAUGAUCCUGGUUUCUUUGGCAGAAAACAAGGCGUUAUAUCAUUGAGCUUACAGGACUGGAAAAACAUUGUGGCUACUUUUGAAAUUUCAGAGGCAAUGAUCAAAAACUCAUACUAAGAUUUUUGUUUAUACAUAGAAACAUAUUCUGUUGUUUUC